AUGCUUGCUAAGAGAAUCUCUCCAGAUAUUUUCACAUGUACUUCAUUAAUCUAUGGCCUUUCCAUUCUGGGUGAAUUGAAAGAUGCAAUUCGUUUGUUCCAUAAAAUGACAUUGGAAAACAUCAUCCCAGAUGUGUAUCUCUAUAAUACUUUGAUUGAUGCUUUUUGUAAGGAAGGAAAGUUGAAAGAAGCUAAAAAUGUGUUUGUUGCGAUGAUAAAAAAAGGUGUAAAACCUAAUGUUAUUAGUUAUAACUCUUUAAUGGAUGGAUAUUGUAUGCUUAAACAAGUGGACAAGGCCAAGGAUAUAUUCAAUGCUAUGGCACAAAGGAAAGUGACUACUGAUGUUUAUAGCUACAAUAUCAUGAUUAGUGGAUUUUGUAAGAAUGAAAUGGUGGAUGAAGCUAUAACUCUCUUCAAAGAAAUGCAUUUUAGAAAAAUCAUUCCUGAUACGACAACUUAUAAUUCCCUUAUUGAUGGCUUGUGCAAACUGGGGAGAAUCUCAUAUGCUUUGGAGCUUGUCGAUGAGAUGUGUGAUAGAGGUCAGCCACCUGAUAUAUUUACAUACUGUUCUAUAUUGAAUGCUUUAUGCAAAAACCAUCAAGUUGAUAAGGCAAUUGCAUUAUUUAAAGAAUUUAAAGACAAAGGUGUUCAGCCUAAUGUGUGCACAUACACUAUUCUUAUCAGUGGAUUGUGUAAAGGUGGAAGAAUAAAGGAUGCACGAAAGGUUUUUGAAGAACUUUUGGUCAAAGGCUACAAUCUUAAUGUCUAUACAUAUACCGUCAUGAUCCGUGGAUUAUGUAAGAAUGGCUUGUUUGAUGAAGCAUUGACCAUCCUGUCAAAAAUGAAAGACAAUGGUUGCAUCCCGGAUGUUCAUACUUAUGAAAUCAUUAUUCUUUCCCUAUUUGAAAAUGAUGAAAAUGAUAAAGCAGAGAAAGUUUUUUGCGAAAUGAUUGCGAGAGGUCUACUAUAA